AUGUCAAAUGGUUUUUAUGGGUUUGGUAUUUUUAAUAUAUCAAAUCCUUAAGCAAUAGUAAAUAUAGGAGCCUAUUUAAAUACAAAAUUUUCUUGUAGCUUUGAAAAAUGUAUAGAGUUAGUUUAUUUUCUGCAAAAACUUGGUUCUGAAUAUAUGAUUUUAUCUGAUGAUGAAAGAUAUUCAUUUGUGUGUAAUGGCUUCUAAGGUAUAUUAAUAAUGAAUAUUGAGAAUAAAACGUAACCUGUACUUUUGAGCUAACAACCCCUUGAUGGUUGGGCUUAAAGUGUGAUUUCGAUAUUUAACUAAAAAUAUCUCCUUGCUACUUAGAUAGAAAAAGGUGAAUUAGUCAUCAUUAAUAUUGAAGAUUUAGAAAACCCUUACAUUUAAUCUAAGCUGCAAUUUCCAGAUGAAAAUUCAAACAGCGUUUGUUUGACACCAGAUCAAAAAAGUGCUUAUUUUAUUGGAAAUAAAGGAUUGAGGCAGAUACCUACUUCUGUGAACUUGAUAAUACACACUUAAUUAUAACUUCAGCAAACUGAUAAGAGCGGAAAUAUUUAUUUCAAAGAUUUGAGUAUAGGUUAAAGUCUAUUGGUUGGAAAUUUCUAAAUUCAAACUCUCCCUAAUUGGAUAACAUAUAUUCCUCAAUACAAUUAAUUGCUAAUAUACGUUGAUAAAUCAGGCAUCGGUUUCUCAGCAAAUCUUUAGCACAUUAACAAAUCAAGGAUAUAUAGACAAUUAAGGUUUUUUAACAUCUAAACUUGA